AUGGAGGCCCUCGUCUGGCAGAAGAAGAAGCCCGCGGCGGCGGCCCCGCGGGGGACGGACACCAAGGUCUUCGCGCCGCGCGCCGCGCCCGCGCCGCCCGACGGCGCCGCCGCCGGCGCGCGCGGCGCCGCGCCGGGCUCGCCGGCGGCGCCCGGGGCCCUCCCGCGGACCCUGGGCGCCUGCGGCGCGCGGGCCGCCCGCGAGCUCCAGCUCACGCGGGGCGACGUCGACGCGCUGCUCCGCGCGGCGCUCGCCGGCGGCGACGCCCAGGGCAGCACAAGAGAGCGAAAUUCCCAACUUCAAAGGCUCCGAUCUCGGCCAUUUUCCACUCGCGACGCCGAGGCGGCGAUCGGCCGCGUCGAGCGCGCCUGCGUGGGCCGCUUCCUGCGGGGCAAGCAGUCGAAGCUCUACUUCCUGGGCGUCGUCGUGCGCGCGUCCUGCCCCCUCGACGAGCCCCGGCGCAUGCGCUUCACCGUGGACGCGGGCGGCCCGCUGCCGGCCGGCGACGGCGACGCGCCGCGCUUCGUCGAGCUCGCGCAGGGCCAGGUGUCCAACGACUGCGUCGGCGACGCCGAGUUCGCCGCCUGGCGGAGCCGCGCGCUGGAGCACCUCACGGACGAGGAGCUCGCGCGGCCGCUCGACGCGCCGGAGGCGGCGCUGAAGCCGAGCGACCUGCGCCCGCUCGCCGUGCCCGUCUGCGGGCCCUGGGUCGGCGCGGCCUUCGACGCGCCCCUGGACCUCUCGAAGGCCCGGGGCCGCGACUCGCCGGCGUUGCUGCUCGACGACGCGCCGCUCCGCGACGACCUGCCGCCGGCGUUUUUGGACGAGCUGCCGUUCCGCCUCGACGACGCGGACGACGACGUCGCGCUCCUCGACAUCGACGGCCUCGGCGCCUUCGACGACGCGCCGGCCGAGGCGCUCGCCGCGCCGCCGGAGGCGGGGCCCCGGCGGCGGCGGCGGAAGAUCCCCAAGUCCAUCGUCGACGAGAUCUGCGACUCCGACGGCGGCUCCGUCUACGAGGACGUCGACGACGACGACGCGUCCGACGACGUCCGCGCGGCGUCGCGCGCCGCGCUCCCGGAGAAGAAGCCCGGCGCCAAGGACCCGCCGACCGUCGUGAGCGACGAGUCGCCCGUGUCCACGGUCCGCGGGCCCCACAGCGACAGCUCCUUCCUGGAGCCGCCGGACACGCCGCCGCCGCCGGGCCUCGGCGCGGACCGGAGGCGGAAGCGCAAGGAGAACCUCGCGGACCUCGAGAACCGCGUGCGCCGCAUCGGGACCAAGGUCCGCGUCGCGCGCGCGCCCGGCACGCCCCGGGCCGAGGUCAUCAAGAUCCCCUCGGGCAUGCGGACCUUCGUCCUCGUCAAGAUGCUCGAGGGCGCCGACGGCGGCAAGGAAUGCCUCUACAUGCCCUCGGAGCUCAUCCUCGACGAGUAG